CCUGUACUGCCUCUUCUCCAUCUACGCCGCCUACCACGUCUUCUUCGGGCGCCGCCGCCGGGCGACGGCCGCCAGCUCCCGGGGCUCCAGGAAAGCGGCGGUGCAGGCGAAGGAGAGGCGCGGCCGAGGUAGGGCCGAGGCGGGCUGGGCUGCGGGCCUGAGGCUCGCCCUGAGGCUCGCCCUGGGAUCGCUCGGGCCCCUAGAUCAGUCGGCCCUGGAGAGUGAAGAAUGGAACCCUUGGGAAGGAGAUGAAAAAAGCGAGCAGCAACACAGAAUUAAAACUAGCCUGCAGAUGUUAACUAAAUCCACAAGAGAAAAAACUGAGCGCAGUAUACAAAUCUGGGGCAAAGCUGCCAUUGGUUUGUAUCUCUGGGAACAUAUUUUUGAAGGCACUCUUGAUCCCACUGAUGUGACUGCUCAAUGGAGGGAAGGACAGUCAAUUGUAGGAAGAACACAUUACAGCUUUAUCACUGGCCCAGCUGUACUUCCAGGGUACUUCUCCAUAGAUGUGGACAAUGUGGUACUUGUUUUAAAUGGAAGAGAAAAGGCAAAGAUCGUCCAUGCCACCCAGUGGUUGCUUUAUACACAGAAUUUAAUACAAACCCAAAAACUGCAGCAUCUAGCUGUUGUCUUGCUUGGAAAUGAGCACUGUGACAAUGACUGGAUACUGAAGUUCCUCAAAGGAAACAGAGGCUUUGUGGACCUGCUUUUCAUAACAUAUGACAGCCCCUGGAUUAAUGGUGCCGAUGUUCUCCAGUGGCCUUUAGGUGUAGCAACAUACAGGAAGUUCCCUGUGGUUGAAGCCACCUGGUCAAUGCUGCAUGAUGAGAGGCCCUACAUAUGUAAUUUCUUAGGAACUGUCUAUGAAAAUUCAUCAAGACAAGCAUUAAUGAACAUUUUGAAACAAAAUGGAAGUGAGAAACUUUGUUGGGUUUCUGCAAGAGAACAGUGGCAGCCUCAGGAGACAAAUGAAAGUCUUAGGAAUUACCAAGAUGCUUUGCUUCAGAGUGACCUCACAUUGUGUCCUGUAGGAGUGAACACAGAAUGUUACAGAAUAUAUGAGGCCAGCUCCUUUGGCUCAGUUCCUGUGGUAGAAGAUGUAAUGACAGCUGGCCACUGUGGAAACACAUCCAGUCACCACAGCACUCCUCUGCAGUUACUCAAGGCCAUGGGGGCUCCCUUUAUCUUCAUCAAGGACUGGAAGGAGCUUCCUGCUAUUUUAGAAAAGGAGAAGACUAUCAUUUUACAAGAAAAAGUUCAAAGAAGAAAAAUGCUACUUCAGUGGUACCAACACUUCAAAACAGAACUAAAGCGGAAAUUUACUAAUACUUUAGAAAGUUCAUUUUUUAUGAAUAAUAAAGGUUAAUCAUAUCUAAUACUAA